UGUAGAGGGUGGGAUGAUGAUGACGACAUUAAUUGGGACAGUGCUUUUUCGACUGAGCCAUUCAAAUUCAAGUGUGGGCGAUUCGCCAUGAAUGAAAGGGAGGUUAAAUGGGUGUGUUUUUACUGGAGGAGGAGUGGUGUCAUCGGAAGAGGAGACGCUGUCUUCGGAGGAGGAGACGGUGUCUUCGGAGGAGGCGAUGCUGUCUUCGGAAAAGGAGACAGUGUCAUCGGAGGAGGCGACGCUGUCUUCGGAGAAGGAGACGGUGUCUUUGGAGGACGAGACGGUGUCUUGGGAGGAUUAGGUGGUGUCAUGGGGAGAGAAGACGGUUUCGUCGGAGGAGGAGAUGCUGUUUUCGGUGGAGGAGAUGGUGUCUUCGGAGGAGGUGUCGCUGUCUUCGGAGGAGGCGACGCUGUCUUCGGAGGAGGAGACGGUAUCUUCGGAGGAAGAGAUGGUUUCUUCGGAGGAGGAGAUGGUGUCUCCGGUGGAGGAGACGGUGUAUUUUAA